GAAAAAAAAGGAGGAAAAAACCCCUAUUGGUUUGGUGAUCCAUAAUAAUAUCGUUUUCCCUUCUGGUUGGUUGGAUUGAUUGUGGAGCGCAGAGUUACUGAAGGCAGGCACCUCAAAUCUUUAGCGAAAAUGUUGUUUUUCUCGUACUUCAAGGAUUUGGUGGGCAGAGAGGUGACGGUCGAGUUGAAGAACGACCUAGCAAUUAGAGGAACUUUGCACUCUGUCGAUCAGUAUCUCAACAUCAAACUUGAAAACACGAGGGUUGUUGAUCAAGACAAAUACCCUCAUAUGCUUUCAGUGAGAAACUGUUUUAUCAGGGGAUCGGUGGUGAGAUAUGUUCAACUUCCGCCAGAUGGUGUUGAUAUUGAGCUCUUGCAUGAUGCUACAAGACGCGAGGCUCGGGGUGGCUAAUGUCAGUUAGCCUGAAAGCUUGUUUGGAAUUGCAUGAAAAUUGAUGUGCACCUUUCAGUAUACAAUGCGAGACAAUUAGAAGUUUGUACUUCGUAUUUGCCGCACUUCUCUGUUCAAGUAUUCUGGCGGAAAGAACCCAAUGACAUUCUGAUUAGCAGGUGAAAGUUGAGUUGAGGUCUCCCAUUGACAAAAAUGUUAUUUUAGUCGUGAAUCCCAUAUAAAUAUUUUAUUUUUGGAGAAAAAAUUGAUGUAUAAUUAAUUUCACAAGCAAGUAGAUGUUUUAGAGCGACGUA